UCGUCUCUUCAACAUCAUUUAUUGGUAUUUCUACACUCUUUACAUUCUUCUACUUUCUCUUUCUCUCUGUCCUCUUCUUCUUCUUCUUCGUUUUUCACCUUCCCGAUCGGGAGGAGGGAGCUUCUUGGGGACUAAAUUUGUUUAGGAACGGACUCAUUUGGACUGACCCUUGAUGUGAUUUCUUUGUUUUUCGUGGUAAUUGGAUUGGAUUGUGAGUCCUCGAUCGAAUCUGGCGGCGUUUGAGAUCAAUUCUUCCCUUUGUUAUUGUGUGUUUGAGGAGUACAAGGAUUUCGAGGAUUGGGGUUUUGAUUUGAGGAUAUGGGUUGUUUUCCUUGUUUCGAUUCGAGAGAGGAGGAGAAGCUAAAUCCUGAAAGGGAAAGCGAUGAUGGUCAGCAAGAGCAUCCAAUGGUUCCACCGAACAUUGCGAAAUUACCUUCUGGCACAGACAAACUUGGAUCCAAAAGUAAUGGAGGUUCCAAAAGGGAACAGCAGAUUCCCAAGGAUGCUCCUCUUGUCAAUAUUUCUGCUCAAACAUUCACUUUCAGGGAGCUUGCUAUUGCGACAAAGAAUUUUAGACCCGAAUGUUUUAUUGGGGAAGGAGGAUUUGGACGUGUAUACAAAGGGCGGCUCGAAAGCACAGGCCAGAUUGUUGCUGUUAAACAGUUGGAUAGGAAUGGUCUUCAAGGCAACAGAGAAUUUCUAGUGGAGGUUCUCAUGCUUAGUCUUCUACAUCAUCCAAAUUUGGUGAAUCUGAUUGGUUACUGUGCUGAUGGGGAUCAACGGCUUCUUGUGUAUGAGUUCAUGCCUUUGGGAUCAUUGGAAGAUCAUCUUCACGAAAUUCCACCUGAUAAGGAACCCCUUGAUUGGAACACAAGAAUGAAAAUAGCUGCUGGUGCAGCCCGAGGUUUAGAGUACUUGCAUGACAAGGCAAACCCUCCAGUUAUUUAUAGAGACUUCAAAUCCUCCAAUAUAUUACUUGAGGAAGGAUACCAUCCAAAGCUUUCUGAUUUUGGCCUUGCCAAGCUUGGCCCUGUUGGAGAUAAAUCUCAUGUUUCCACCAGGGUCAUGGGGACUUAUGGUUACUGUGCUCCUGAGUACGCCAUGACUGGACAAUUAACCGUCAAGUCUGAUGUUUAUAGUUUCGGUGUUGUGUUCUUAGAGUUGAUUACUGGACGGAGAGCCAUUGAUAGCACCCGACCCCAAGGUGAACAGAACCUCGUCACAUGGGCACGCCCGUUUUUUAACGAUCGCAGAAGAUUCUCGAAACUGGCCGAUCCACAGUUGCAGGGGCGGUAUCCCAUGCGAGGUCUCUACCAGGCUUUAGCUGUGGCAUCCAUGUGUACCCAAGAACAGGCUGCAGCCCGUCCACUCAUUGGAGAUGUGGUCACUGCCCUGUCUUAUUUAGCAAAUCAAUCCUAUGAUCCAAGUUCUCCAUCAGGUACAGCUGCUGCUCAGAGAGGUUCUGGUGAUCGGGACGAAAGACCGAACAGUGGCGAGAAAGGUGGAGGGGUGGUAAAGAAUGAAGAAGGGGGAGCAUCUGGACGAAGGUGGGCACUGGAUGGUCCGGAGAAGGACGACUCCCCCAGGGAGACUGCAAGGAUUUUGAAUAGGGAUUUAGACAGAGAGCGUGCGGUCGCUGAGGCGAAGAUGUGGGGAGAGAAUUGGCGAGAAAAAAGACGACAGAGCACGCAAGGCAGUUUUGAUGGGUCUAAUGGAUAAGUAAAUGCAAUUAGAAGAAGAGAUGCAGAAGGAAUGAUCUCCUCUGUUACCGCGUCUACUUCUCAUUCCUUCCCUACGUUUGAUUGGUGGAGGAAGAAAGAAGAGGUCCCAAUGUUAGGAGGUGUUAUUGAAGCUUCUAAAACGUUGCUCAUAGGGUGGCUGCUACUCAGUGUCAUUGUGGGCAGCAAAGCAAUGGAUGUAGGGGUUGGGUUGAUCCUUGCGGACUUGGUUAAUACUUUUUUUUUCUCAACUCUGUUCAGUUAAAAUUUUCCUCCUUUAUGAAUUCCCAUAACCCAUACAUGAGAAGGAAGAAGAAGAAGAAGAAGAAGAAGAAGAAGAAGAAGAAGUAAAGGCAAGCAUGGUGGAGGAGAAUGCAAUGUACAUAGAGAGAGACGCGAGGCUUGGCAUGUUUGAUUGCCUAUGUCCUGUAUGAUGAACUCUGCAGUACAAAACUGUUUGAAUCGGCCAAUUUUGAUGAACUCUGCAGUAUAAAGCAGAGAGCAGCAGGUUUUGUUUAAUAAAACUCUAUACCACAAUAAAACUAAAA